AGUAUAUAUAAGCCCAACCUCAAAGUAUGCAGCCUUAGCAAAGCAGUCAUUUUUCAAAAGGAAUCAUCAAGAUCCACUGCAGACCGCAGCAUGCUUCGGUUCUUUGUCGCGUUUUGUGUCCUGGCAACAUGCUGGGCACAGGAUUGUCUUGUGCAGAACAUCCAAGUAAAACAGGAUUUCGACAGAAACAGAUACCAAGGAACAUGGUAUGCUGUAGCCAAAAAAGACCCUGUUGGACUCUUCCUUCUGGAUAACAUUGUUGCGAGUUUCAAAGUGGAGGAUGAUGGUAAAAUGACUGCUACUGCUGUUGGUAGAGUAAUCAUCUUGAACAACUGGGAGACAUGCGCUAACAUGUUCGCCACUUUUGAGGAAACUCCAGAUCCCGCAAAAUUCAAAAUGAGAUACUGGGGUGCUGCCUCCUAUCUGCAGACUGGAUAUGACGACCACUGGGUCAUUGACACUGACUAUGACAACUACGCCAUCCACUACUCCUGCAGAGAGGUUGACCUUGACGGUACUUGUCUGGAUGGCUACUCUUUCAUCUUCUCCCGCCACCCAACCGGCCUGAGGCCCGAGGACCAGAAAAUUGUGACCCAGAAGAAACAGGACAUCUGCUUCCUUGGCAAAUACAGACGUGUAGUACACAAUGGGUUCUGUGAUGCUUGAAGCUGCUCUACAGAUUUCCAGAGGGUAUAGAAGUUACCAUGCAAAAAUUUCUAACACAUCUGUAAAUAGAAAUACACACACAGUUCAAAAACAACUCUAUACCAGUAACACGGAGGGUACAAGCCUUUUUGUAAAGGUGUAAUUAAAAAUCUUCCCUGCAGCUAACUAAACAAUGGGUAAAUGACAAUGAAUGUAUAUUCACAAUGUAUCAAGCCUUCAUUCUGUAAUCACAGUCACUUUUAAAUAAAAUAAACUAUUCUCAUUAAACCA